CUGGUACAAUUUCUCCAGGGAAGUGUGCACACAGGCUGAAGCACCGUGGCAUUCUGCAAAAAGGAAGCAACUUGGCGUUGGGAGACCUGGGUUCUUAUUUGAGCUCUGCCCCUCUCUUGUUGGGUAAACUGGAAACUUUCAUUUUUAGUAGCAUCUUAGGACUUCAAGAGAGAAUAUCAGUAGUUUUUCAAUCAGUGAGUGACUCAGGAGAGAGAGAGAGAGAGAGAGAGAGAGAGAGAGCGAGCUGUAGUGGUCUCUUUUUCAGUCUUUUCCACUAAGUCAACUUUUCCCCCCAACUAGAGCAUCUCUUUUUCAAAGAGCUUGUAACCAAUGUCAAAACCUUCUGAGAGCCUUUACUCUGUUCUUCAACAAGAACUAGUACCUGUGCCCAGGACCUCUGGGCUUGUGGAGUAGGUGGUUGACUAUGUGGGGUGAUGUGAUGGGGCUAAGUGCUGAAACACAUUUAUUCAGUAACUAUUUAUUGACCUUCUGCUACACUAGGGAACAAAGCUCAGACCCCAACCUCAUGAAGUUUAAGGUCUGGUAAUGGAGAAAUGGUUAAGGAAUCAGGCUCAUUUCAUGCUCCCAGGACACAGGUACAGGAAGCUAUAUCUAUAGGAGGGCGAACUAACACAGACCUGUUAACCUUAAAAAAAUAAAAUUGCCAGUUAUUUAUCAGCAAAAAAGGGUUUAUUUGGGAAUAACUGAGAAUUACAAUAUAAUGUACAAUAUACAAUGCAAGCUAUGACACAACCAUAGGCAAAUCCACAGAACAAAGGAGAGGAUGGCUCUUUUAUAGAGGAAGAGGGGAAGGUUGGUUGUUAUAAACAAAAAGUCCAUUGGAGUAAACUGGGAGUUUGAAGCACAGUGGUUUUUCAUUGGCUAAGCUGUGACAGGCUCUUAUUGGCUGGGCUGUUGAAGGGGGGAGGAGGAAAAAUUUUCUUCCUCCUACUGGGAUACUAAAGUGGUAACCUCACCCAGAUGGUUUCUUCCUGUUGGGUCUGCAAAUGACAAGGAAUGGGAGGCUGUGAGUGCUUACUCCUGCUGGCCUCCUGACUCCUUUCUAAAUGAAGUUUCCUUUUUGCACACCUGCUUUGAGGGGGAAGCUUCUGGCAAACCUUCCAAACUGAGAUGUGAAAUUGGGAGAGUAGAAGUUAUUCAGGCAAAGGUCACACCCCCUUUCUGAGGGGUCCUGAGAGACUGAAGACCCAUCCAAGCUCCAGAGCUCCAUCCAGGAUUAGGUGACGUUGGAUGAAAUGGAGGAUGCAUGGUGUUUGUGUGGAUUUUAGAGUAAGCGUUCUGGUCUUGGCCCAACUGCAAUUGUAGGUACAGUGACAACAGUCCUUCUGACUUUUCCUGAGGCCAUCUGCACCUGCACUCCAGCUGGCUGACUUCACUACCUCCUCCUUAAUUGUUUCCGAUUGGAGAAGCAAUUGGAUCACAUACUUGAAGUGACCAGUGAAUAAAGGGUAGUAUGACUCAAGGUGCUCACGCUUGAAGCUGACGAGGAGCAAAGCUGUCUUAUCAUGUUUCUCAUGUAAAUAAGGACGUUGGAUAAAUAUCACUGAACUCUUUUCUAAUACACCACGUGCCGACUUGUGGAGCUUCUGCGGCAAAGCCAGGAAGCCCCGAACGUGCAUCGUUUCGAUACUUGCUGUUUAUUACUAAUAAGCAUUGUCAUUUACUGGACACCGAUGUUAGACGUAAUGACGGAGUGUGUACCCUUCUGCACUCUGCAUGUCCUACACAACAGAUAAUAGCAUCGAUGGAAGCCUUGCUAUGUGCCGAGUACUGCCUGCCGCUGUUCGGUGUCCCUCAGCCCACCUGACAUUCUCACCUGUCAAUCAUCAACCACCACUACAUAAAUGUGUUUAAGUCCCUGAGCAUUUCUUUGGCAUCACAUUGUGGGAAAACAGCUGGAUGAAGUUUCACCCAGUUUAAAGGCUAUUUGAGGAUGAUCUUACUUCAGAUGAGCUACAUGACAUGGAAUUUUCACCAUGGGAAGCCUCAGGUGCCCUAUCUUUGUGAGUCAGCCUGAACCAUGGCUUUGUUACAAGGGGAUCUCAGAAGCAGGAAAGCCCAUCCGAGGUCUGAAGUUGAAAGAUCCAAUAAGAAACAGAGUUGUCAGUCACUGCUGAGUUAGUGCCUACCUCAUCAUGGAACAUUUCAAGUGAACUCGACAAAGAUUCUUACCUGACCCUUGAUGAACCGAUGAAUAACAUCACCACGUCCCUGGGGCAGACAGCUGAACUGCACUGCAAAGUCUCUGGCAAUCCACCUCCUACCAUCCGCUGGUUCAAAAAUGAUGCACCUGUGGUCCAGGAGCCCCGGAGGAUCUCAUUUCGGGCAACCAACUAUGGCUCUAGACUGCGGAUUAGAAAUCUUGACACCACAGAUACAGGCUACUUCCAGUGCGUGGCAACAAAUGGCAAGAAGGUGGUUUCUACCACGGGAGUCUUGUUCGUCAAGUUUGGCCCCCCUCCCACUGCAAGUCCAGGAUCCUCAGAUGAGUAUGAAGAAGAUGGAUUCUGUCAGCCAUACAGAGGGAUUGCAUGUGCAAGAUUUAUUGGCAACCGCACUGUCUAUAUGGAGUCUUUGCACAUGCAAGGGGAAAUAGAAAAUCAGAUCACAGCUGCCUUCACCAUGAUUGGCACCUCCAGCCACUUAUCUGAUAAGUGCUCUCAGUUUGCCAUUCCUUCCCUGUGCCACUAUGCCUUCCCGUACUGCGACGAAACCUCAUCCAUCCCUAAGCCCCGGGACUUGUGUCGCGAUGAAUGUGAAAUCCUGGAGAACGUCCUGUGUCAAACAGAGUACAUUUUUGCAAGAUCAAAUCCCAUGAUCCUGAUGAGGCUGAAACUACCAAACUGUGAAGAUCUCCCCCAGCCGGAGAGCCCCGAAGCCGCAAACUGCAUCCGGAUUGGAAUUCCCAUGGCGGAUCCCAUAAAUAAAAACCACAAGUGCUAUAACAGCACAGGUGUGGAUUACCGGGGGACCGUCAGUGUGACCAAAUCAGGGCGCCAGUGCCAGCCGUGGAAUUCUCAGUACCCCCACACGCACACCUUCACCGCUCUCCGUUUCCCAGAACUGAACGGAGGCCAUUCCUACUGCCGCAAUCCGGGGAAUCAGAAGGAGGCCCCCUGGUGCUUCACCUUGGAUGAAAACUUUAAGUCUGACCUGUGUGACAUCCCAGCAUGUGAUUCGAAGGGCUCCAAGGAGAAGAAUAAAAUGGAGAUCUUGUACAUACUGGUGCCAAGUGUUGCUAUUCCUCUGGCCAUUGCUUUUCUCUUCUUUUUUAUCUGCGUCUGCCGCAAUAACCAGAAGUCAUCGUCACCGCCAGUCCAGAGGCAACCGAAACAUGUCAGAGGUCAAAAUGUGGAGAUGUCAAUGCUGAACGCAUAUAAACCCAAGAGCAAGGCUAAAGAGCUGCCACUCUCUGCUGUACGUUUUAUGGAAGAAUUGGGGGAAUGUGCCUUUGGAAAGAUCUAUAAGGGCCAUCUCUAUCUCCCAGGCAUGGACCAUGCUCAAUUGGUUGCUAUAAAGACCUUGAAAGACUAUAACAACCCCCAGCAAUGGACAGAAUUUCAACAGGAAGCCUCCCUGAUGGCCGAACUACACCACCCCAAUAUCGUCUGCCUUCUAGGUGCUGUCACUCAGGAACAGCCUGUGUGUAUGCUUUUUGAGUAUAUGAAUCAGGGGGAUCUCCAUGAGUUCCUUAUCAUGCGCUCCCCACAUUCUGAUGUCGGCUGUAGCAGUGACGAAGACGGGACCGUAAAAUCCAGCCUGGAUCAUGGAGAUUUUCUGCACAUAGCAAUUCAGAUUGCAGCCGGCAUGGAGUACCUGUCUAGUCACUUCUUUGUCCAUAAGGACCUUGCGGCUCGCAAUAUUUUAAUCGGAGAGCAACUUCAUGUAAAGAUUUCAGACCUUGGGCUUUCCAGAGAAAUCUACUCUGCCGAUUACUACAGGGUGCAGAGUAAGUCUUUGCUGCCCAUUCGCUGGAUGCCCCCUGAAGCCAUCAUGUAUGGCAAAUUCUCUUCUGAUUCAGAUAUCUGGUCCUUCGGGGUUGUCUUGUGGGAGAUCUUCAGUUUUGGACUGCAACCGUAUUAUGGAUUUAGUAACCAGGAAGUGAUCGAAAUGGUAAGGAAACGACAGCUGUUACCAUGCUCCGAAGAUUGCCCGCCCAGAAUGUACAGCCUCAUGACAGAGUGCUGGAAUGAGAUUCCUUCCAGGAGACCAAGAUUUAAAGAUAUCCAUGUCCGGCUUCGGUCCUGGGAGGGACUGUCAAGUCACACCAGCUCCACUACUCCUUCAGGGGGAAAUGCUACCACGCAGACAACCUCCCUUAGCGCCAGCCCAGUGAGUAAUCUCAGUAACCCCAGAUAUCCCAAUUAUAUGUUCCCGAGCCAGGGUAUUACACCACAGGGCCAGAUUGCUGGUUUCAUUGGCCCACCAAUACCUCAGAACCAGCGAUUUAUCCCCAUCAAUGGAUACCCAAUACCUCCUGGCUAUGCGGCAUUUCCAGCUACCCACUACCAACCGACAGGCCCUCCCAGAGUGAUUCAGCAUUGCCCGCCUCCCAAGAGUCGGUCCCCGAGCAGUGCCAGUGGGUCGACUAGCACUGGUCAUGUGACCAGCUUGCCCUCUUCAGGAUCUAAUCAGGAAGCAAACAUUCCCUUACUACCACACAUGUCGAUUCCAAAUCAUCCCAGUGGAAUGGGUAUCACCGUUUUUGGCAACAAGUCUCAAAAACCCUACAAAAUAGACUCAAAGCAACCGUCUUUGCUAGGAGACUCCAAUAUUCACGGACACACCGAAUCUAUGAUUUCUGCAGAACUGUAAAAUGCAUGACUUUUGUAAAUGUGGUAUACAGGAAAAACUAGAAAGCCGUAGAAAAGAUUUAAAUUCAAAUGUUUUUAUUAAAGUAAGGUUCUCACUUAGCAGACAUUGCAACAAGUAUCUUCUGUGAAGUUUAACUGUGUCUUACCAAGCAGGGCAGACAACCAGCCAGAAAAAGAAAACAUUGUGGGAUUAACACUCCAUCAGGGGUACACGACAUGGCAUUGGGAUUGGUACGUCUGGUUUCACGUACUAAAAACUGCAAACCAGUGAAGAAGAAAAGAAUCUCGUGAUUAAAUGGCAAACCAAAAAGGAAAGUCAAAUGGUGCUUUGUGUAUUUGCCUCCGUUCGCCAUGACUGGUCUCUCCCCAAAAUGUAUAUACCGUAGCAUUUGUCUACCUGCUGUCUUAUCUUCAGGACAAAUGUUCAGGAAUUGUGUUGAUUCAAUUUAGACUCUAUGCAUUCUUGUAUGAAAAUGAUCAGGAUCAAUGAGGAAACUGUAGGCAAAAUUUGAAAUCCCAGAUGGAAACGAGCCAUAAGACAAGUGUAAGAUCCCCUGAGGCCAUCUACACAGUGGGGCUUCUUUGGGAAGGUACAGAAUGUGCCUCUUUGUGAAUCUCCUCUGCUGAUCACGAAGGCCUUCUCCACAUUAUCGUUUUCCACAGUGUGUUUACACGAGCCCUUGAAAUAAUAUAGGGCGUCAGACCAUAAGAAGGCUAGACGUGGAUGCUGGAAUUGAUUGUUGGUUGAUAGUUCACUCCAUUGCAUUAGAAAUGAGGAACCAAAGGAAGCACAGUCAGGAAAAUGGUCCCUUGGCCUAGAUCAGCACCCCUGGGAGAGGAACAAGGUUUCCCAUGGGGCAGCCUCACGGGAGCUUCCCUGGAACAAUAGGAUUGAAGAAUAGAAGUAUGGCUGCAGACCAGCACAUUAGUGCUUACAACCUCCUGAAUAUGAAUCUUCCUAGGUGUAGGGGGCCCAUCAUCAAUGGACUCUGGGGAAGUAGGAAACUCUAUGACACCAAUACCUAGUUAAAGUUUCUCUCACCUUUAUUUUUUUUCUGAUCUGGAAAUGUUCAUAGAUUUUAUUCCAGCACCAGGAGUUACGACCAUUUAUUCAUAGCAUUAGUUGGAAUCCAAAGACUAUGAAUUCUAUUUUGUAAAACAUUACAGUAUUUUUUUUAACACAGGUACUGAAUUCUCAUUUCAAAGAUAACCAUGAAUUGAAAUUUUGAAGCUGGUGAAUAGAAGAAACAUAAUCAUUUUUGCCUUAGGAGGGAGGCAUCAAAUGUGCAUUUCAUGCCACUUACCUACUAGCCAUCUUUUGCCAAGUUUAGAAUUCUUAUGGGUUUCAAGUUCUAUAUAGAAAGGAAUGUUAUGUUAGAUUUUUCUCUUGUUAAAAAAUAACUCCUUUAUUCUAAGAACAAUGUCUCAAGGUCUCAUUUUUUUAAUCAUUACUAUUUUACAACUAAAGAGACUUACAAAGAGACUUUACAGGAUAUAAAGUAAUUCCUGGAAAUGAUAUCUGAUGAGGAGAAUGUAAAGCACAUUGAUGUUUCAAUUUUGUAAAAAGAAAAAAAAUGCAAUUAGGAUGAGAAAUCAAGGAAAUCUGUUUACCAAAUGUGUUGCAAUUUUCCCAAACACUGAAUCUUCAAACAAUGAACAUGGACUUAUCGGUACUGUGAACUCAAAGAAUUGGCUAUAUCCAGUUUUGUUGAAAGAUAAAUUAAGAAAUAUUUUUGUGGCAUAAGUAAGCUGGUUCAAGAGCUACAUUUCUUAACUUUAGGUAGAGGAGAAUAUUUGGAUCCUUUUGUUGCUAUGCAACUGUUUAAUGAUGAAGAUUCAAACCACAAUUUUGUAUAUCAUACGACAAUCAAUUGUUUUCCAAGGAUAUUUAUUAUUUUAAGUAAACAUGAUUUCAGUGAAUCUGAGUUUUUCUAGGAGUCCCUUAAAGGGAAAUUAGCAUUCCGUGAGCCAGUAAAAUACGUACUCUGGAAAAACAUUACUAUGGUAAAAAGUAAAUUCAAGUUAGUUUUUUAUAAAGAACUAUAACAUUUAUUUUAAACAUUUUAUACUUACUGAAGUCAUUAAGGUGAGCAAACCAAAUUUCAAAACCACUUGUAAUAAUGUAUUUUGUGAUAGCACUGUGAUACUACAUAACACAGUCCCUUUUGUAUUAAAAUGGUAUUUUUUUCACAAACUGAAAAAUGUCCUUCGCUUUGUUGACAAUGUUUUGUAAGAUGACUUUAUUUUCAGAUCUUUUUCUUUUUUUUCCUUUUUUUUUUUUUUUUGCACAAAACUAUGUUUAUGGUUUGUAUCACAGAAGUGAAAAUAUAUCUCUGCAUUUUUAUAUCCGGUCUGUUUCUUUGUUUCCUUUGUUUCUUUUUAACUCGAUAUAGAUUUCCUUCAAAUAUAUCAUGGCAAUAUUCAGAUAUCUUGCCCUCCCAUAUCUUUUCUUAUUUUCACUGCAUGCAUUUAAUCACUGUAUUACUUAAUGUUUGAUCUGUUAUUAUGGGCAUUUCAAGUAGACAAGCAUGGAUGUAAUGACAAAAAGGCUAUUUUAUAUUGAGGAUAUGUGCAUUUGUAUUUCACACACCAGCGAUGAUAUUAAACACUGAUUACUUUAUGCUGCUGUUUAUUAAAAAUGUUUACCAUAUAAUAUUAUUUCCUGAAUAUUGCUAUCCUGGAGGUAUUUGGGGAUUUUAAUAUUAUAUCUCUAAUUAUUGACAUUUCAUAGAAAAAGGAAUCAUAAUUCUUAUUUACUAUAAUUCCUAUUUCAUUGAAAUGAUUUUUUUUUAAGUAGGCUUUUAAAAUAGAUUUGGGCAUUCUUUUGCCACUGACCACAGGUGGAAGGGAAAAGAUCCCAAUGAUUUCAUGACCAUAUACUAUCCAACUAUAUAUGGCAAGCUUUUAGUUUUUAAAAUCAAAAUAAUAUAUUGAAUAAUUACUUUACAACCAAAUGGAAUGUAAAAAUUGGUUUUCAAAGUUGCAUCCUUUUCUGCCUUGUUUCCGUGUGAACUUAGACAUCAAAAAUCAUGUCUUCAAACUCUGAAGAAGAAAAAGCUGUGUACAUCUUAUCAUGUUCAACUUAGAUUCCAAUCAUACUGAUAAAAUAAAAAGAAA